GAACUCCAGUUUGUCAAAAAUCUUGGUUUACAAUUUAUACAAUUAGAAAAACAAAAUGGGAUGCAAUUAGAACACAUUAUUUAAAAAAUGAUAUAAGUCCUAUUGUUUAUAGUCUUAAAGAACAU